GAGAAUAUGUGAAUUCCACACUGCUAGAAAAUCCCUGCCAUCUGACGUAGAAGGAUUUAUAGGUUUAGUGGAAAUUGCUUUCCCCACUGUCCAGAUUAAAUACUGCAGGAUGAUUUUUUGUAUGAGUAAACAUCCCUCCAAUAACGAUCAGACCGAUAAUGUCUUAAAAAGAGGAACAGGAUCUACAUUUUGGUUUUAUUCUUCUUGUAUGGACUAUUUCUGGAUACAGAACCUUCAGGUAACAUGUUGACUGUCCAUAAAAUGCAUUUUAGCAUCUUCCUGCUGUUGUGGGGAUGGGUUUUAUCUACUGAAUGCAGAGUCCACCGACAAGGAAAAGAAAUACAUGAGGUAUACAAAAAAGGCAGCCGGCCGCAGCGGCAGAGGCGGGAGGCCCAUGGCGAGGCGCACAAGCAAGGCAGCCCAAUCCUAAAACGAAGCCCAGACAUUACCAAGUCUCCACUGACAAAGUCAGAGCAGUUGCUGCGAAUAGAUGACCAUGACUUCAGCAUGAGACCAGGUUUUGGAGGCCCUGCAAUUCCUGUUGGGGUGGAUGUCCAAGUGGAAAGUCUGGACAGCAUUUCUGAGGUGGACAUGGACUUUACCAUGACGCUUUAUCUGAGGCACUACUGGAAAGAUGAGAGGCUGUCCUUCCCCAGCACCAACAACCAAAGCAUGACCUUUGACGGCAGGCUGGUGAAGAAGAUCUGGGUCCCUGACAUGUUCUUCGUCCACUCCAAGCGUUCCUUCAUCCAUGACACCACCACAGACAAUGUCAUGCUGAGGGUUCAGCCAGAUGGGAAGGUACUUUAUAGCCUCAGAGUUACAGUAACAGCAAUGUGCAACAUGGAUUUUAGUCGCUUUCCCCUGGACACACAGACAUGUUCUCUAGAGAUUGAAAGCUAUGCCUACACUGAAGAUGACCUCAUGCUCUACUGGAAGAACGGGAAUGAUUCCCUAAAAACAGAUGAGAGGAUAUCCCUCUCCCAGUUCCUGAUCCAGGAGUUUCACACCACCACAAAGCUUGCCUUUUACAGCAGCACAGGGUGGUACAAUCGCCUCUACAUAAACUUCACUUUACGUCGACACAUCUUCUUCUUCUUGCUGCAAACCUACUUCCCUGCCACCCUCAUGGUCAUGUUGUCCUGGGUGUCCUUCUGGAUCGAUCGCCGAGCAGUUCCUGCCAGAGUCCCUUUAGGGAUAACCACUGUGCUGACCAUGUCCACCAUCAUCACUGGGGUGAACGCUUCCAUGCCGCGUGUUUCCUACAUCAAAGCAGUGGACAUUUACCUGUGGGUCAGUUUUGUGUUCGUCUUCCUCUCGGUGUUGGAAUACGCGGCAGUGAAUUACCUGACUACGGUGCAAGAGCGGAAGGAGAGGAAACUGCGGGACAAGCUCCCCUGUGCGUGCAGCCUGCCUCAGCCUCGGUCCACGAUGAUGGACGGCAGCUACAACGACGGGGACGUGAACGAACUGGGGCAUUACGUGUCCGAGAACGGAGACAAACAAGACCGGAUGAUGGUGCAGCUGGCGCUGGGGUCUGAGAGGGGCUCGGGCAGGAGGAAACACCAGAGAUACGUCAGCAUGCGGAUCGACACUCACGCCAUCGACAAGUACUCCAGGAUAAUAUUCCCUGGUGCAUAUAUUCUAUUUAAUUUGAUAUACUGGUCCAUUUUUUCAUAAAUAUACGUAACUUCUGCAGUCACAGAGCAUUGUGACGUUAAAUGAAAGCACCGUCUCAUAGGCUAACAGAAAGAAAAUGGAGAAUUGUUUUGAUUGGAAGACUGAUAUUUUUUCAGUUUUUUUUUUUUUUUUAUUAGAUGCAAUUCAUCUGUGGCAUAAAAAAUUGUGCACGUUUCACAUUUCAGCAAAAUAUAGUAUAUACUAUCUAAAAUUUUAUAUUUAAAGCUGUGCUAUGUUCCUUCUUGUGCCUCACAGGCCACUGUAAACUAUUUUAACAAGUGACUCUAAUUGCCAGUUACUUACAUAUGGUGCAUCCUCUAUUUUGUGCCCCUGAGAUCCUAAUUCUCUAAGUACCUGAGAGUACGCAUACAUCUGUCAACUCAGCAGACUUCUCAUGUUCAACACCAAUAAAUACAAGAAUAUGCAAAGAGCUGCAAGUCUGCAGGAUGAGGACAGAAAUGGUCAUUACAAACACUAAGCAUCCAGUACCAGGAAACGCUUUGGCAAGGUUAUUGCUGGCUACAGCUUGUUUUCACUGCUAAAUGCAUGCAGUACUGUUAGUACGGCACUGCCAGGUCCAUGUAGGAAUACUUUCAGACUUGUGCUUUGUCUUGAUCGUAUUUAAAACAAAGGAACCUUUCCGAGCUGUUUUGACUAUCUUUUUAAAAAUAUGACUUGCAACAUACACUUACUAAGGAAUGAACAAAGGCCAGACUUCCCACGAUACUAACCAAAUCCUUUGGGAAACACAGGAGCUCUCUCCUUGGAUCUGCUCAUUUUGGUCACCAGGAGUUUUGCUCUUCAGUUUCCUGAGAGAGAACACAGGUUUCUCUACAAAAUGAUUCAGUGAAGAUAAUAAUUUAUCUACAAAAAGACUAAAACUACAAGAGGAGAAGACACUUCUCUCUGGGACAGUCUGGGUGUUACUUGUCUGUACAGCCUGAGAACCUGUUGCAGCCUGUGACUUCUUGUCCCUGCUAAAGCCACUCGCUUCCAGAGAAGCCUAGUCCAUCCAUUUUUAGUAAAAGCCUAAUAGAAAGGUGUCCAACCAUUGACAAAGCAGUUGUGAGGACUUUAUAUCUGAGUUACUAAAGAUACAACACCAAAAACUUUGGAAUGCAGUAAAAAGGAGGUUCUACCAUGAGACAGAAGCUCCCUUUCAGAGCUGGGUACACUGAACUGACUCUGUUCUCGUGCUGCAGCAUCUCCCCAGCACCCUGCAGCCCCCGCGCCCUCAGAGCAGGCUCAGCACCUCCCAGGGCAGGAGCAAGGGGACACAGAUGGAGCUGGGGGCACUCAGCAUUGACCAAAGUUCCCAGCUCUGUCGCGGUUUCUGCAGGGCAGCCAGCCAGCAUAAACACUCCACACAGAAAAGACAAAACUGGUAAUGCAGAAGUAAUGAAAUAUUUCAGGAAUACCAGAAGUGGUUGAGUGGAAUCAGGGGCCUUUACAGUAGCAGGAGCACCAAAGGCAUCUCCGAAAGCGUGAUCACUCCAUUGGUCUGCUGCCGUGUGUUGUCCACCCACAGCCACACAGCUAACUGGGUGCUUGGAUUAAUGGGACUUUAAACACAUGCCCGCUUUUGCACACAACUACAAAAUUCAUAAUUCCCUGCACAGCAGAUGCUGCUGGUUUUUUUACAGGUGUAGCUGCUCUGAGAAUCAGACCAAAGCAGUUGUGUCUCCAAAAGGAAAGUGAAUCAUCUCACAUGAAAUCUGCCCUGGACUGACUGAUCUGCUGUUCUAUGGAAAAUGCUCAUGACACAGACAUCACAGUUGUUUGAACACUGCUGGUUGUUGCUUUAAUUUCCUAUGUAAAUAAGUGUCAUGUAAACAUACACAACAUUUCUUACAACUGGUAAAAUCAAGACCUGCAAAACUACCUACACUCAUCUUACACUUAUGGCCUACACUCCAUAGGUAAGACAGUGAAACCACAAAUGCUGAAGUCAUUAAAAGACGCAUCCACCCCUGACAGUUAUAUCACUCAUUGCCACACUGAUUUUUUUUUUCAUGUGUACACACUAUUUUAGCUUAAUUUUACCAAAUUUCCUUCAUACAUUAUUCUCCAGUGCGUUUUUUGAAGAUAUUUUUUUAAGGUAUGUAUUUUCUUAAACCAUAAACACUUCAGUCAAAUGAAAGUAGAAAGAUCACUGCUCUGGCAAAAGCAGAUGAAAGCCUGGCCACCAGGUUUGGCCACCCUCCCUUAUUCAAACAGCACCUUCCCCCACAAAUAGCUCCAAGAUUUCUUGGGCACUGACUUGCACAGGAAUGUAUUUAGAUCCUCAGUAUUGUAAGAACUCAUUUCUACAAUUUAAGAACAGCAUGAACAGGAGUGCCAGAUUUUAUAGUAAGCUCUCCAGCUUCAUAAGAAGCUUAAUGCUAUGUAGUUUGCUGCAGUACUGUACAUUCUUUUAUAGACUCAUUAAUCUCGUACCACACGCAUUCUUUGGCAUCUGACCAGUAUUUUAAGGGACAUUUUGAAGAUACAAAUAGGAGUUGGACUUCCAAAUUUCCUGGCUUCCAGUGGCAGGCUGGGUUCUAACUUCCCAUGUGAUUUUCAAAGUUUCCCUUCAAGCACAUCUUCCUAAACAGAUUGCCCAACCUCCAUGUUCAGAUACAUUGUUAAUUUACUUGUGUUUUAUUUGGGAAAUUCUAGUGCCUUUUCAGUCUUGUAUAAAUGUGUAUAUAGAUGAAUUCUACAAGUAAAGGAAAUUUCAUGUACAGCCAGUGUUUGCUAUCAAUGACUCUACUCAUUAAAUGUAUUUACAUACACAGUUUUCUGUCUCUUAUCCUCCCAGUGUACAGGUUUUUUUAUCCAAUCAUUAACACUCUGCUCCUUUGCAUUUCCACCAUCAAUCAGUGAUUUGUUUGU